CCGCCUAUCCUGUUAUUACACCAAGCAAUCAAUCUUCUCUCUCUCUAAAUCUAAUAGCGGCAAAAACACGAACUCGCAUCGCAUUUGGCAAAAAAGAAAACAAAUAAAUAACAUAGAGACAUAAACGGCUUUUUUCCCGCAAAUGCGUGGGAUAGAGUUUCUUCGCUGUAUUCUCAUUCCCAUGCCUCGUUUCAUCGAGAGAUUCCUCCGUCGUUAGAUUUGGAUCUCUCCACCAUGGAAAACAUUGCCGCGCAACUAAAGCGCGGCAUCUCGCGCCAAUUCUCCUCCGGCUCUUUACGCAAAACUCUCAGCCGUCAAUUCACACGUCAAGCAUCGCUCGAUCCACGUCGGAACAAUCUCCGAUUCAGCUUCGGUCGUCAAUCAUCGCUGGACCCGAUCCGACGGAGUCCAGGUGAUGAUGAAGACCAGGCGGAACUCACCGUACCGGAGAAUCUCGAUUCCACCAUGCAGCUUCUCUUCAUGGCGUGUCGUGGUGAUGUUAAAGGGGUUGAGGAUUUGCUUAACGAAGGAAUUGAUGUUAAUAGCAUUGAUCUUGAUGGCCGUACUGCUCUUCAUAUCGCUGCUUGUGAAGGACAUGUUGAUGUUGCGAAGCUUUUGCUCAGCCGUAAGGCCAAUCUUGAUGCUCGUGAUCGUUGGGGUAGUACGGCAGCGGCUGAUGCUAAAUAUUAUGGAAAUACAGAAGUUUAUUAUAUCUUGAAGGCACGUGGAGCAAAAGUGCCGAAAACCAGGAAGACUCCAAUGACUGUUGCAAAUCCUCGUGAAGUUCCUGAAUAUGAACUCAAUCCGUUAGAACUACAGGUUCGGAAGAGUGAUGGUAUUUCAACGGGGACAUAUCAAGUAGCUAAAUGGAAUGGCACAAAGGUUGCGGUGAAGAUACUUGAUAAGGACAGUUAUUCAGAUCCUGAUACCAUAAAUAUUUUCAAACACGAGCUCACACUAUUGGAAAAGGUGCGACAUCCUAAUGUGGUCCAGUUUGUUGGAGCUGUCACCCAAAACAUACCUAUGAUGAUUGUUCGAGAGUACCAUGCUAAGGGUGACUUAACAGGUUAUAUUCAAAAGAAAGGGCGUUUGUCCCCAUCAAAAGUUCUACGGUUUUCUCUUGAUAUUGCUAGGGGCAUGAAUUAUCUUCAUGAAUGCAAGCCAGAUCCUAUUAUCCACUGUGAUUUAAAGCCAAAAAAUAUUUUGCUGGAUAAUGGAGGUCAACUGAAGGUAGCUGGAUUUGGCACUGUGAGAUUUUCACUAAUAACACCUGACAAAGCAUUGUUAGAACAGCCUGAGGCCAACAUUGACCCUUCAAGCUUGUACGUGGCACCGGAGAUUUACAGAGGUGAUGUAUUUGAUAGAAGUGUGGAUGCGUAUUCUUUUGGUCUCAUUGUAUAUGAGAUGAUAGAGGGUAUACCGCCCUUCCAUCCCAAGCCCGCAGAGGAAGCUUUGAAACUGAUGUGUUUAGAAGGGAAGAGACCACAAUUCAAGAUCAAAACAAAGAGUUAUCCUCCGGAUUUGAAAGAGUUGAUUGAGGAAUGCUGGGAUCCAGAACCUGAGGUCAGACCAACAUUUUCUCAGGUCAUUGCCCGGUUGGACAAAAUUGUUGCGAAUUGCUCAAAACAAGGAUGGUGGAAAGAUACUUUUAAACUUCCUUGGAAAUAAAUAAGACGGCCAUCAGAGCAAGCAGUAGAUAUCGAUCAGAGUUGUAUCAUCAAAACUGAUUUGUGAGCACCAUGUUGUUGUAAUGUUAAUAGCCAUUGCAAUUAAUAACUUCCGAACUCGAAUAGUACGAGCUUGAGUUUGGAUUUGAGCACAAAAAUGAAUUCCCACAGCUCCAAUGCUGUUUUCUGUAUAUUAGAGGUCUGAAAAGACCCUCUCUGUAAAAUGUAUCAUAACCCACACACAUUUUAGAACAUCUAUUUUGAGAAAUUUUCUAAUAAACAGUAUGUUUUCUGCAGUCA